CCUUAUCCACCGUGUUAUGGAUAUUUCGUGUUCAUCGUCGACGCAUCGAACGGUACUAGUGUUGAGAAGGAACGAUUCAUCGAGGACUGCGGUAGAGGUCAAAUGUACAGACUUCAGCGGUAUCGUCGAACCGCAAAUGAAGAUAUAGUUGCCAUACGCAACGUGACGAAGUUAUGGAAUUUAGAUGGUUCUGGAAAAUUACAAGUUGCAGUCAUGGCAACUGGCGUACCAGAAUAUCCUGAUGGUGUAAGCAAGAGGAAAUUUUAUGAUAAUCGAAAAGAAUGGGAUAAUGUGUUGCCGCAAUUGGAUUUAUCUCUAUCCUUGAACGAGAAAGGACCACCGAUGUCACCCCAAAACAUCUCAAAUGUGAUUGCGUCGUUGUAUUGCAACACGUCGAGUGAGUACAGUAUGGCCGGGAAUGGAAGUAUCACUUUUGUGAUUUUCACAUCGUACAGUUACAGUGAUGAGAACCGGAUCAGUGCAGCACUGAAUGCUCAUAGACCGUGGUUGUCUUGUCCGAUAGCUAGGCAUGAAUCCAUUUUUGUGGUUGCCAUCGAUGGUGGUACGAUAUUUUGA